AUGCAAGGUGUGGUGGAGCUAUUGAUUGCUGUGCGCUGGCCCCUAAAUGACAAGGGAAUGCGGUAUAAUGCCUUGAAUCUUCCCCUUUUCCUCGAGAAGCAGGGUAAUCCCUUCAACAAUUUGCAUCCCCGAACCAUUGAAUUCCGACAACAUGAAGGCACACUAGAACCGGAACGUAUUGUACAGUGGAUUAAAGCUCUUGUUGGUAUUAUCAAUUUCGUCGAUACUGCUGACCGAGACUCCCUCAACCGUCUGUUUCGCAAGGUGGAAGAGGAGAAAUGGCAGAAAGAGGGAUAUCCCAAAGAUGCCUAUAUGGAAAAACAACUUGAACUUAUUCCUGUUGAGAGCAGCUUUACCAUGAUCGAUCUCUUUCGGUACAUUCAUCUCAACGAGCAAGCAGACUUCUAUAGUAGUAGCUUGAAUGAUGUGAUGGGGACUGAACCUCCAAGUAGACCAACCGUCUGGAGAUGGGAAUAUGAAGAAUGGCAGUCUCAAAGUACAAUCACCGAGGAAGAAUUUCAAAGGCAGCAUGAAAUGAGGCUCUUAUGGGAGAAAUCCCUGGCUUCAUCACUGGCGCAACCUGAGGGAUCAGCUUUCAAAUUCGAUCCGGAUGACCAAAUGUGGCCGAAGCGUGAAAGAGUUGCAAAGGCACAAACCGGGGGUUCAACUUUUGCAUCAGGUUUUACAUUCCAUCGAAAUGACCCGAUAUGGCCCCCUGCAGAUGAGAAUACAAUUUCAGAUGCCGAGGGGGACGAAAUGGGAGAAGGUAACCGUCCACUGCGCAUAGAAGAGGAGGAGGAAGAUUUCUAUAGUGCCGACUAA